UGUUAACAGCAGUUUUUUUCUUAUUUUGAUUUGUACUUUCGUUUUUGCAGAAUAUCAAUACUUUUUACGAUAAUGGAAAAAAUGUUAAAUGUCGUAUGUUUAGCACAUUAUAUUAUGUGACGGAUAUUUCACAUUGAUGAAGCGGGCUUAUUCUAGAGAAAACAAUCAUGGCGACUUUAAAAGGCUCUGUAUUAGCAACGUUAUGUGGAGCUAUAAUCGGCGCAAUAAUCGGUCUGCGCCCUUUACUGAACGUUACACUGGAUAUGUUUGUACAAGAGGUUGUCAAUGAGUGUGUAGAAGUGACCAUCAAACACGGAAACUUCAGAAACGCGUCGAUAGACAAUGUCUGUAGAACAGUGAACAUAACGCAGAAGAGUAACGAAACAUUCUCUAACAUAAAUGGGACAUGUGCACUGAUUAAUUGCACAUCUAAUGUCCAUGUUGAUUACCCAAAGAUAGCAAUAUUCAUCGAGUGGAACAACAUUCUCUCGGCGUGUCUGUACUUCUUCGUCUGUCUUGCCAUUAUCGUUAAGAAAGGCCGAGGCGAUGUUCUUAUAUCUCUCUUGUCUUUUGUUGAAAUGUGUAUGUUUAGCAAUUAUGUUCUGUUUGCCACGCUCGUCGGCUCUGCGGUUGGGUUUACACCGAGAAAUCUCACUGUAUCGUUUUACGUUUGCGCAACAAUCUCUGCAAUAGUCAUGGCGUCGAUCAUCAGUACAGCUGUGAGUUGCAUAGCUUGCAAAGACUCUCUCCCUCCUUCGAACCUGGUUGGAAUAAGAUAUAAGAAAGUCAUAAGGAAUGACCCUGAGCGUUGUGCUAUUAAAAGCAAAACUUGCACAGAUGUAACCAUUGGAUCAAAGGACAGCACUGCGAUCUUAGUGACCAAGAUAGCUGUAGCAGAACGACAGAGUAAUGAUAAUGGUAAUGAAAAGAGAGUAGUUGACUACCAUUUUCAUGUAAAGGGAAAUGAAUUUACAGAGGCUAAUACAGUGGAAAAUAGCAGUACGAAAUUUAAGGACAACGUGGUUGUAAAUGAUGACGGUGAGAUAGCAUUUAUAAAUGAAAACGACUUUGUUAAGAAACAAGUAAAUACAAAGGGCGAUUCAGGUGCUAAGGACGAUGUACUUUGUAAUGAUAAAACAGAUGUAAUUGAUCAAAUUAAAAGCAAAAUAUAUUCACAGUGGGCUAAAGAUGAACAAAAUGUUGGCAUUGGAAGAGACGCUAAAGGUCUCAGUCAUUCGACAAUUCAAAUUUUAAACGUAAUAACGGUAUACAGCGAUUAUCUUCUCGAUAGAUACAACACUAGGCGAAACAGACUUGUUGCGUUUGUUGCAUCUGUUGGCGGACGGCUAAAACCACUAUCCGAAUAUCCAGGGAUCGGAAAAGACUCCGGUUUAAAACCAACACCAUCAGAUUUCGGCAAAUCAUUCGUCAAUCAUUCGUUAAAUGAAUACUACCUGUACCAUGGAACUACACCUUCUACAGCAAAACUUAUCGCAGAAGAAGGGUUUGAUGUUCAAAAAUGUCGACGAACCAUGUUAGGUCGAGGGCUUUAUUUUGCCGACAGCGUAGUUAAAGCGGAUCAAUACACAACGCCAGAUGAAAAUGGAAUGUGUUGCAUAAUCGUGGCUAAGGUAUUGAUCGGAGAUUUUUGUGUGUCUUUUAAUCGACAAAAUAUCCCACCAUCAUCACAACAACCUCCAUGCAAAAAGUGCAUGAAAAUUGAAUGUUCGAAAAAACAUAAGACAGAGGGACCAAGAUUUGACUCGGUGGUGUUCAUAGGUGGAUUGUUUAGGGAGUACGUUGUCUUUGAUAACUGCCAAGCAUAUCCGGAAUAUAUAAUUUACUAUAAGCGUGUAUAAGUUAACAUGCAAGCAAACCUCAUAUGACAAAUUCACUUUGAUCCCACGUUAUCAUAAAGCAAGUUAUGCCUUGAUAUUUGUUUUUCUUGUCGUGUAUUCUCUGCAUUUUCAAUCGUAUGCCAAUAACCAUGUAUGCGGAGUCAAUACCCGACACGCAAAUAAUUGUAGAUAUCGACAUUGGUAGCAGUUGUUCUUUUUAAUAUAUGUUAAAUUGUACCUAGCAGUCAACUCUUACGGCUUUCAUCUUUAGAAGACCACUGUGGGCUUAAAGAGUAUGCUGGUCCUUUUAUCGCAUUUAAGUAAAUGUGUAUUGAAAAGUAAGGAAAUUAGCGGCGCAAACGGAGUGCAGACCUUACGUUCUCCCCUAAUGUUGACUAGUUUUUUUUUCAAAACUCGUUUUAUUUGAUGAUCACAAAAAAAUAAACAGUUGCAUGUUUGUUCUUUACUAGAUAUAAUACAUUAGGCUUUUUAUUUAGGGUUUUGCUCUGAUUAUUUAUUUUACAAUUAGGUUUUACUUUGAUUUGUCUGUGUUUUUAUGAAUUGGUUGCUUAAUAUUGUAUUAAUGCUUUUCAUUUUUUACCUGUAAAAAAUGUUGUCUAACCUAUCACUUUGUUGGGUAUUGAUGAUAAAUAACCAAUGUAUGAUUGAUAAAUCAAUACUGUAUGGCCGAUGUUUACGGUAAUAAAAAACAAUGUAAAGCGAAA